ACAGGUUUCCAUGAAGCAAUCGGAGAUACAAUUGCUUUGUCUGUAUCCACGACAAAGCAUUUGAAUAAGAUCGGUCUGUUGCCUAAUACCAGCCGCUCGUGCGAAGCCGAUAUAAAUUAUCUGUAUAAGAUCGGAUUAGAAAAGAUAGCGUUUUUACCUUUCGGAUAUUUAAUGGAUCUAUGGAGGUGGGACGUGUUCAAAGGUAUCACGACGGAAGAUCAAUAUAAUUGUGACUGGUGGAAACUUAGAUGUUCUUACCAAGGAAUCGAGCCACCGGUGACCAGAACUGAAGAAGAUUUUGACCCGGGAUCCAAGUUCCACAUCGUUGCAGACGUGCCUUACAUUAGAUACUUCGUAAGUUUCAUCUUACAAUUUCAGUUCCAUCAAGCAUUGUGCGAGAAAGCUGGCCAGUUUGAUCCGAAAAAUCCAUCAAGCCAACCGUUACAUUUAUGUGACAUUUAUCAAAGCACAGAUGCCGGAAACGCUUUAAAAGACAUGUUGAAGUUAGGAUCAUCGAAACCGUGGUUUGAUGCUAUUGAACUACUAACGGGACAAAGAGAAAUGGACGCUGGACCUUUGUUGAACUAUUUCAACCCUCUGUACGAAUGGCUUAAAAAUGAAAAUGAAAGGACCGGAGAAUAUAUUGGCUGGGAAACAAAUAAAAAAGUUUGCUUAAAGAAGGGUGAAACAAGUCAACCUUAAUUUUGAUUUAUUAUGAUUUUACUCUAUUUAUUAGUGAUCGACAGUUUUAUAAUCAUAUAAUUAUUAUGGUAAAUUGUUUUUAAAUUAUUCGAUAUGAUAGUUAGACUGGGUUUUUAUGUUUCAGAACAUUUUUAAUGUGUACAUUACUAUUUCACCAAUUUAUUAAUAUAUUAAGUUAUGAAUUUAAUUUCAUAAAUAAUUUAAAUUUUGCCCGUCCUAAUAAUAAUGUUUUGUUGUUAUUAUUUAUUUAUUUAUUUUAAAAACAAAAAUUAAUAUACAUUUUUCGGCUAUUUA